CAAAAUUCCCCGAAAAAAUGUGUGAAGUUGAGACAGUUAAUAAAAUUGCCAAAUGUCUGAAAGUACCCAGUGGCAAAAUCCAAUUAAAUGAUGAGCAGGUCGUGACACGCAUACUCAAUAAUAAAUCCGUCUCUGGAUUUGCCACAAUUCUUAGCAAUUUUGUUAAAGAAUCACAAUCGGACAUAGCCAAAAACAGUUGCAGUUCUCGGGAAAUUGAAGUUCAAGUCUACCAAUGGAUUGAAUACGCUGUCCUCUAUGUGGCACCUGGUUCUAAAGAUAGACACUGUUCGCUGCAAAUGUUGCGAGAUUUUAACAAAUUGUUUUUAAGUAAAUCGUAUUUGGUUGGAUAUUCAUUAACGCUGGCUGAUUUGGCGGUAUUCUAUGCCAUCUAUGAUUUAAUGAAAUCCCUAUCACCGAUCGAUCGUGAACACUAUUUGAAUCUAUCCCGUUGGUUUGAUCACCUGCAACAAAUUCCCGAAAUUCGUCAAGGUGCCGAGCUAUUGAAUUUCACCACAAUCUAUUUGCAUGGCUGGGCAACUGGUACACAUCUUUAAAGAACUGAAUUUA